CCCGAGGCGCAGUUCGGCUGCACGCAAGGUGUGCUGCGCACACGCGUGGGCUUUGCUGCGUCGACUGAGGCCAUCGAGGUGGUUUUCGACCCGAGGCGCGGCAGUUACGAGGAGCUGCUCCAGAUUUACUGGCAGCACACCAUGCAGGGAGUGGUGAUCUUCAAUGAAAAGCAGAAGUUGCUGGCGGAGGAGAGCAAGAAGCAGCACCCAGGCCGUGCUAUGUACAUCAGUAAGGACACGUCGUUCACGCCAGCUGGUACAGCACACCAGAAGUACAUCCUGCAGAGAAACAAGGACGUAUUCAGUGCCCUGAAGCUGACGACAGAGGAGCAGAUCAUGAACUCCACGCCCGCUGCUCGCCUCAACGGAUUUGUUGCAGGAUUUGGCUGUGUGGCGCAGCUGGACAAGGAGUGGAAGAUGUUUGGAAUCAGUGACGAAGCCGUGUACAAACGUGUGCGACAACUGUGUGGACGUCGGCGACGUUAGACAGUAUUGUCGGCAACCAGUAGGCAAUCUGUGUGUGCAUGUGUGUGUCUAUGUGUGUGUUCGUGUGUGUGUUCGUGUGUGUGUGUGUGUUCGUGUGUGUGUGCACGCGUGCUCGUGAGGCGGACAGUGACGUAAUACGUUUGCACUUGCACGUACGCGUAUUCACUGCGCUUUUUCUUUACAAGGCUUGGGGUGUGACGAUGGCAGAGUGCUUACCUGUGUCCUGUACCGCCAAUCCAGUAGUGAUUGUAACUGUGAGAUGUGUGAUGUCUCCGCUCCAAAUCUGUUAUCAAGCAAGCAGACGAGAGGGGACGGAAUGUAUGCACAAGCAUACCGCCACAGCACAAUCGACCACUUGACAUGGCUUAGUCCAGGACAUUGUCUCACAGCCUGGCACAUAGCUUGCUAGAAGAUCUCCUGCACUAAUGGCACAAAGUGACGAGUUCUGUUCGUCAUGUUUUAUCGUUGGAACCUUGUCUAGUAGCCCCGAGCCGAUUAAUAUUUCCACACUGUCUUUGUCUCUCUCUGUCUGUCUGUUUGUCUCUCUCUCUCUCUCUCUCUCUCUCUCUCUCUCUCUCUCUCUCUCUCUCUCUCUCUCUCUCUCUCUCUCUCUCUCUGUCUCUCUGUCUGUCUGCCUCUCUCUCUCUCUCUCUCUCUCUCUCUCUCUCUCUCUCUCUCUCUCUCUCUCUCUCUCUCUCUCUCCAUUUCAUGCCACUUAUCUGAAGCAGUCUAUCAAGUAUUUGUUGUUCUAAAUUUGAAACCUUCUUUGAAACUACUGGUUACACGGCAUGAACACGGGUUUGUAUUUAGACCUAGAAAGCUAUUUGAGUUUUUGUAUCGCACUGUACUCUGUGCCCAGCACACAGUUCCCCAGUGCCUGAUGAAUUCACUGGCCAACUACAAUGCGCACUGAACAGCAAGUGAUAUCAUUACUAGUCUUGUAAACCUCUGGCCCUCUCUAUUUUGAUAUUAUAAUUAUGCACAAUUUCAAGGGUGCGCGCAUGUAUGCCUGCAAGAUCACGUAUCAACAUUUAUUUGGAUGUGUGAACUUGCGUGGAUGCACGCACGCACACCCUUCUUUACUUUCAUCUAUCAAGUUUUUUAAUUUUUUAGCGUUCCGGCCUGCUGUAGAUUUUUUAAAUAUUUCACUUGAAUCUUCAGAACUGGCUGUUUGCCGCCGUAUAUACAGCAUUUUGUCUUGUUUUUGUAUCUAAAACAUUCUCUAUAUUUUACAAAUAUCCUUUCGAUCUGAAUCGUGCCCGUCGCGUGCUGACCUGCGCCUCCAUCACCUGUAUACAAGUUUACACUCAUUUUGA